AUGAAUAUUCUAAAUUCAUAAAUACAAAAAUAAAUCCUUGAGACCCAAGAAAUGAUAUGUCAAAAUCAUAAAAGUUAAAUCGUUGCUGUAGAUCUGGAUGUAUCAGAAAAUGGGUAAUGUUAAUAUUUGUGCAGCAACUUUUUAGUUGAGAAAAUGAAUAGUAAUAAAAUAUCAACUAUCGAAUAAACAAAGGAAAGAAUAUAGUCUCUGAAAAUACAAAAAUAAUAAAAUAAGACUAAAGAGAUACAAUAAAGGUUGGACUAAUUCAAGAAAAUACUUGAUUAAAUAAUGGACUAUAAAUGUAAUGUAGAUGGUGUUUUAGAAAAGAUCUAUAGUUAAAUUAAAGCUCAAAUAUUUGCAAUUUAAAAAGAAAAAUCAUCCUAAUCAGAAACAUAUUAAUCCAUGUAUAAUUUUUAGGAUGAUGUUAAAUUUUUAUCUGAUUAUCUUUCAACAGACCCUUUACAUAAAUAAUUGGAGUUUCAAUAAGAUAACUAGUUUAUUGAUUAGAUUUUUAGUUAAUUUGAACUUUUAUUUAAUAACGCUUCGUAUUUCUAAACAAUCCACACUUUUAAGGAUGCUAAACAAAAAAUCAAUGAAUUAAAUGAGAAUAUGAAAUUUUAAUUAGUGAGUUCACAAAGUAAAAAUAAUUAAAAAACACCUACUUUAAGCAUAGUUUGCCCAACUCAUUAAAAGGAAAUUAUAAUGAUCGACAUAGAAACUAAGAAUAGAAAUAUUGAAGAUAGAUUUGCAUGUGUCGAUUGUAUUAGUGAUCGUCCACAUUAUUAAUACAGAACAAUAGAAAAAGUAAAUUAGGAAUGGAACCAUGCAAAAAACCAAUAAGAUAGGUUUAUAAACGACUUGAAGACCAAGAGGGAAGAAAAAUAUCAAAAUUUGAAUAAAUAAAUUGCUAGAAUGAGAAAGAACUACAACUAAUAGCUUAAUGAUAUAAGUGAUAAGAUCAUUGCAGAAUUUUCUUAACCAAUAACUAAAACAGUAGAGAUAUGUAAAUUAAACUAAUCCACUAUUCAAGGAUUUAAUCAAGAUGAAUUGGUUUCAAGUAUUGGUUAUUUGAUUCAGUACGAUAAAGAAAAUCUGAUUUAAGAUUCAAAAAUUGAAUAUAUAAAAUCUAAGGAUUCUUUAUUAUCAAAAGAAAUUGAAACAAGAUUGGAACACUUAAAAUAGCAUGAUUAAUUAGACAUUUAAGAGUCAUUAAAUAUUUUGCAGGAUAUAUCAAGUAUUCAAAAUUUAUAAU